AUGAAACACCUCUCUUUGAAGGACACUACAAUCCAUCUGAUUUACGUGGAUGAAACUGAAGAUACAAUCCAAGUGGAUUUUGUGAUACUUAAACCUGAUACGAUAUCCUCGCUAGAAGUCUAUGACUCGGUCAUCAACUUCCGCGUUCAAUUGGAUAAAAUUAUCUCUAGUAAAUUCUCUACCUCUCUCGCAGGCCUGUCUGACAAUUUUAAGUUUAAGCCAUUUUUCAAGGAAAACUAUCCAAUUUCGAUCAAGUGCAGAUGCUGUGACCAUGAAAUUUUUCCAACUUUAAGCUUCAGGAGAGUACUGCCUUUGCCAUCCGGUGUGCUGGACAAGAGUGAAUUUUUUUGUCAUGAUCAUUCUGAUAGUGUAACUAAAGCAAGUUUAAGCCCCGGUGCUGAGGAUUGUUUUUACGGGAAUUUUUACAUACUCCUGCAGCCAACCAAUGCCAACAUCUUGAAUAUUCUUCAUUGUGAAAGAUGUCUCUCCUGGCUCGGAACUUUCAGUAAUAAAAUUCUCAAGCUCUGGGACUGUUCCACUGUUUUGUCAGAUGAAAAGCAAUUUGAAACCCUUGAAAUUGCGUAUAGACAAUUUCGCCAAACGAUCAGCCAUGUAGCCUCAACUUCUUUCUUUGGGUCUAUAAAAAUUGUCGUUGAGUCGCGGGUCGAGGAAAAUGAAACAAAUUACUUGUUACUUUGGAUCGUUGAUAAUGAUUUAGCUUGCUUUGUAAAUGCUGAAAUUGAUGAUGGCAAGCCAGUAUCACUAAUGCAAAAAUGUGUGUCAAAAGUACUGUACCUAUUUCAAGGACAGAAAACCACAAUGGUUGAAAGUUGGAUGAAAAAUAUUAACGUCACAACAAUCGAUGUAGCAAAGCAAAUGUUACUGUCGGCAUUGAGUAACUUGAAUGCUAUAAACAAAAUGUUACCUCCACAAAGUCGUCAAACGAACAACAUGUACUUGUCUUAUUUAGAUCCUAUUCUGUGA